CCAUAAGCAUCCUUAUAAUGAUUCGACGACUCCAUCUACCUGGGUUCCGUUGCUAGUCUGGUAUCUAGGACGUUGGAUACCCCCUUGACGUCCAAGAAACCUAAAGUUUUAGUUUUGAAACAAGGCGUCUAUGUUGCUUGAAAUAGAAAGAAUGCUUUGCCGUAUCCCCACACUCUGUCGAUCCUCUCCAGUCCAAUCAUUCCGCCGUACGGGCGUCAAACUGUACAAGCUACCGCCCAGUCAAGACCGGUCCGUCCACCCUAAAGCACUGACAUUGGCGGCCACUGCCCACCACUCAUUGACCUCUCCAUCCCAUCUGUAUGCAAAUACUUAGGAAAGUACUUGAUUAUAUUCAUACAGUCUUGAGAUCUUCAGACGAACAAACGAGAUAUCCGAUGAUAUUAUUCCUCCAAGAUGACGAGACACGAAAUAAAGCCUAUAUGAUAUAUGCACGCUAGACUGGAUAAUAUAAACAUCCCGCAAACAGGAGAAGAAACAAUAUCAGCAAGAGAGACAAGGGGAUAAGAUGUAUGUAUAUGAUCCUCCACAUAUUUGCUUUCCAUCGGUAAAUGAAACACCUCCCCGGCCCCAUGCUAUGCAUUUCUAGUCCCAAAGAGAAACAUCAUAACAUGACGCCAUAACUUCAUGAGUGAGCGAUAUGAUGAGGCAAACCAAGGAG